CCAAUGACAUGCGCAGCUCUGUCACUGAGGAGGAGGCUGUUGGCAAACUGCAAAAAUGACAUUUCUGCGUUAAACUCGGAAUUUAUGGAACAAGUUUCUGUUUCUUCAAAGUCACGGGACUGUACUCCAAACAACUGGGAGAGCUGACCAGGAGGAAACUGCUGUAACUAGUAUAUCCGCCCGUCGCGGCUUCAUUUCGGUUUGUGGAAAAUAUUCGUGUCCCAAAUCUGUUUAGGUUAAAUGAAACGGACGCUGGUAGGAUAAGCUAAGCUAACUGGCUAAAGCUACAGGGCCUGGGAAUUCCAUUAGAUAAAAAUUAAUCUUAUGUAUGUUUUUCUAUUCAUGAAGCGUUCUGUUUUUACGGGGCUUUAUUAUUAAUUUGUGGAGGUAGCGUUUAUUAGCUUAUUUAACGUUUACGUUAGCUACAUUGGGUGAUUAUAUUAGCUGGUAACUAUAUUUUGGCGUUAGCUAAGCUAACCUAGCUAACGCUAACUUUACUAACUAACGCUAGGUUACCGAUAAGUUCCUCCUGUAAACAGACUGAUUUUAACUGUAAAAACUAGUUUAAAACUACCUUUAAACUGUUACAACGGGAGAACAGCUGUGUUGGUAAUUUUUAGACAGCAGUAUUUGACUGUUCACGUUGCAGAAAUAAUAGUUUAUUAUUACUAAUAAUGAGCCGGAGACUGACAGCGCUUAGUUAACGCUAACGCUAACUGAACACUAGCCGAAGUGUCAGACUGCGCUAAGCUCAUUUAAAGGCGAUUAUCUAGUUAGCUAACACAAUCUGUCUUCAGGCGAAGGUUUAAAAAUGCAGGCACUGGGUCGUGUUUAAGUGCAAUAUUGAGUGAUAAGUUGCUUGUUAAGCCAAUGGCUCUUCUGGACAAGCUGGAAAACGGGCGAAUGUCCGCGGACACUGUGAGUUUGCGGACUGUGGGCAGUCAUCUGGAUGAGGAGAGCUCCCUGGGAUCAGACUCGGAGCUGAAUGGCUUCACCAGCUCCAGGGACACGGACAAGUACGGGUUUAUUGGAGGCGCCCAGAAGUAUUCAGCAGAAUCGGCUGAUGAUGUGCCCCCAGAUGUGUUGAGACAGAGAGAGGUGAAAUGGUUGGACAUGCUGAGUAACUGGGACAAAUGGAUCAGCAAAAGAUUCACAAAGGUGAGGCUGCGAUGUCAGAAGGGAAUUCCUCCAUCGUUGAGAGGCAGGGCGUGGCUUUACCUGUCUGGAGGAAAAGUGAAGAAAGAACGAAACGAUGGCAAAUUCAAGGAGCUGGACAGCAUGGAAGGAGAUCCGAAGUGGAUAGACGUAAUUGAGAGAGAUUUACACAGACAGUUUCCUUUCCAUGAGAUGUUUGUGUCACGAGGAGGACACGGGCAGCAGGACUUGUUGCGGGUGCUGAAGGCCUACACUUUAUACAGGCCUGAUGAGGGCUACUGUCAAGCUCAGGCUCCAAUUGCUGCAGUGCUGCUGAUGCACAUGCCUGCUGAGGAUGCCUUUUGGGGACUGGUUCAAAUUUGUGAGAAGUACCUCCCUGGUUACUACAGUGCAGGCCUGGAAGCAAUUCAGCUGGAUGGAGAGAUCCUGAAUGCACUGCUGAAGCGUGUGUGUCCUACAGCGUACAGACACCUGGACAAGCACAAAAUUGAACCCAUCCUAUACAUGACAGAGUGGUUUAUGUGUGCAUUCUCCAGAACUUUGCCCUGGGCAUCUGUGCUUAGGGUGUGGGAUAUGUUCCUGUGUGAUGGUGUGAAGAUAAUAUUCCGUGUGGGUCUGGUGUUGAUGAAGUGUAUGCUGGGCACUCGUGAGAAGUUAAAGUCCUGCCCUGGUCAGUAUGAAACUAUGGAGCUACUCAGAGCCCUGGAUCCCAGAUACAUGCAGGAGGCCUUCCUUGUGCAACAGGUGAUCGAGCUGCCCAUCUCAGCACGUGAUGUGGAACGGGAAAACCGAGUGCAGCUGAAGCGUUGGAAGAAAAAACACGGUGAGCUCAGUUACAAAGCUCCUCCCAGAUUGCAUGGCGCUCGGGCCAUUAUGGAUGCCGAACCUCACACGCGGCAAGAUCUCCGCCAGAAGCCUACCAUUAUCGUCCAUUACCCCUCAGCUCCUGAGCUCAACCCUGACUUCAAUCGCAGUAAAAAGAGGGGGACUUUCAGAAGAAAUCCGCCCCUGGACAUUCAAAAUCCAUACGCCCUACCCGCUGACUCCAAACCUACCCAUCCGACAACUGUUGCUAAUCAACAUGGCCAGCAUUCACUUCCAGCACAGCCGUCUAACCAGCCACCUCCAAAGCUUCCAGCUUCACAUGAAACUUCUCAGCCACUGCAGCAACCUUCAUUCACUAACCAGAAGCCACCCAUUAAAGAAGCACUUCCUCCUGUAGAGCUGCCCAAACAGUCCUCAAACUCUUCAGUCAAUCAGAAUUCCUCAGAAUCUGCACUAAAUUCCUCUUUCUCUCAGCUUGCUAUCACAUCUCAACCCUUGCACCUUCCUCCACCACCAAGCUUCGCUCAAAUCCAGCCACCACCACCCAAAACUCCACCUCCCCCAGCACCCACAGUAGAAGAGCCAGUUCAUGGCUGGCGUCCACACCUGCAAGACCACCCACCUGUCCAAACCUCAGCACCUGUGUCAACACCUGUUCCAAUUCCUGUUCCCAUCCCUGUUCUCAUCCCUGAGGAUUUAGCAGUGCAUGAAGUUGCUUCAGAUCCACCACCCACUACAAGCUCAGUUCCUCUGCUUCCAGCCAGCGUUCCUGCUGAUGAGGACUCUAGCACCGCCAGUGAAAACAACACCCUACGCAACUCCUCUGAAAGUGUCAACAGCUCAGAAGACACUUACUUGUAGCUUUCUGUCUCCAUCUAGUGGUGUUGAGUAACAAUGGCGUUUCUAGCACGGUCUGUGGCCUGCAGUCUGGGAAAUGUUUUUUGCCUAAAUGUAAAUACUGGCAAACGGGGAGAAAGCCUGCAGAACAAGAUAAAGAUAAAGCAAAUUUAAUCAAAUUCAGAGACAUUUAUUGUUUCAUUUGGGAGUAAAUAUUCAGAGUUUAAAAAAUCCAUAACCUGUGAUAACUUUCCAAGAAUUCACUACUGACGGAAACUCGUCUUACAGAGACCUCUAACUGAGAAAAAUCAAGACUCGUGGAUGUUCAAACGUCAUUUUUUUAAAGGCUUCACCUGCAACAUUCAUCUCUGACUGCUCAUGUAAAUAAGAUUUAUAUAUAAAGAUAUAGGCCAUACAGUUCUUUAUGUGCUCAGGCAUGGCCUUUAUACGCUGAUCAGCUUUCAAAAACAAGCAUUUCCUGGACCCAUCAAUCCUCUAAAGCUGAUGGAAAAAUAGUGGAUUGAUGGAGUGAGUUAAUGACUCCUAUUCACUGCUUUAGAACCAGCUCCAGCACUAAAUGCCAGAAGAGGCUGUGUUUAAAUCUCUAAUUUCCAGCUUCUUUCUACUGACUUAUUUGCUGCUUUAAAAAAAAGAGGUCAUUCUAACACACUUAUAUAUUUGUGCUCAAAUACACUUGUAUACCUGCCUUUCUGUAUAAAUGCAUAGCAAGGACCACUAAUGCAGAAUUAUUAAUCACGUGACUCACUUCAGGUUACAAGCAAAGCUUUUCAGUUUUUUUUAUUCAUGUUAAAGAGAUACUCCAUAAUUUCUCAUCCAGAUCUCUGUGUGUAGCAGAUAGUUGGUCACUAUGGACACAGUUGGUUGUGUAUUUAUGACAGAAGAUCAAAUAACCAUCAAAUCAAAAACUAUAGUUUCUCUUAAACAAGAAAAAAGGAGGAGUGGCAGAAAAUGUGCAUUAAAAUAGAACAUUUGCAUGGACAGAAAGUUUGGGACACUUACACAUUACAUCUAUAGGACAUUUUAUGACCUCCCGUUCUAAAUCUACAUGUGUUAUAAUAUGGCUUUUGUAAGCACUUUGAUGCACUAUAACUGUAGGUUUGGAACCCUUCUGGAACUCAGCAGAGCGUUGGUGACUUUUAUACUCUAUAUUCUUCUGCAUUUAGACCAUGUAAAGUUACGCAGCAGAGUUCCUGUGGUUCCGAAAAAGCUGAUAGUGGAAUAUCAGAAAUCUAAGAAAUUUUACCAGCAUGUUGUAUUCUCUGACUAAUGCUUGUAAAGGCAUAAUUGAUGGUUAGAUGCUUGAUUUUAUCCAGCAGUGGCCCGGGGACUGAAUGAAACUUCUGUAUUCACUGAUUUAGAGAUGUCCCAAUACUUUCUGUUCUUAUUGUGUCUGUUAAAGUUUCUGUUUUCAAUUUAUUAUAGAAUACCAUAUAAAAAUACCUGCUUCACCACUAGAACUUCCUAUUGAUUCCCUUUGUGAGUCAGUUGAGAAACAGUGGAGUAUUCCUCUCUGACAAGUAUGUGUGGAUGUUUUUCCACCUCCAGCCACUAGAGGGAAGACUUUGUCUAGAAAUGUUUACUGACGCUAAACACACAAAAAGUGCCUGAGCUGCUUCUCACUACAGCCUUCAUAAGGGAAUUUCUCAAGCUCUUUAUUACCAUUCAUGUGUCCAUACCUCAUUCUGGUUUCAGGUAAAGUCUUUGUACUCUGCAGUGUUUUCCAGUCUGACUAAGAGUUCAUCAAAUUGAAGACUGGAGGCUGGAGUAACUGUGGAUUUUAGCUCAUAAUGCACAGCUUAAAAUACAAAGCUCUAAUAAAUAAAGGUGCUACAAAAGGCUCUUUGAGUGAUACCGUAGAUACCGUUCAACAAGAGAUUUGUGUAGAAACACAGUUUUCGUGAAGGUUCUGACAACCGCCAAUGUUUUCUUUUUUGUUUUAUUUUAUAAGGAAAAUUGCAUUCUUUAUCAUUAAUGCAAAGCUGUUAAUCAUUCUGUUUACAACACAUUAUCUGAAUAAACACAGUAAGAGAAUCAGAUUUUUCUCAGAAACAAAUCCAUGAAAAUUCUUAGAAAGAUAUUGUUAAAUAAGACUUAUGUUUGUAUCAGAAUUUAAUGUAAGUGUGAAAAAUCUUGGUGAGGAAAAUGUGCAUGUAGUGAAAUAGGACAGCACAAUAUUGGGAAGAAAAACACAUUGUGAUUUUUUUUUCUAUAUAUCUUGCCGUAUUUAUGUAAAAAAAAAAAUCAGGCUUCACAUUGGAAAUACCCUCUGUAUAUUAACAAUUGGAUGUAAUCUGCCUCUGGUACAUAUGUCGUGAAAUCUGACAACAGUAUGAUUUAAUUUGCCUUAUCUGACUAUAUACACAUUGUAGUGGUGAUAUGGAAACGAUAUACUGUGCAGUCCUAAAGUAUCUUUGCACACACACACCCACACACACCUCUGUUACAAACAUGGCCCUAUGCUGCUCCUUUAAUGGCAGUGCCCACAGAUCCAUUUGAAGCACCUUUAUUUAUAAGACAGAGAACUGUGAGAUUACUGCAGUUAGUUCAGUUAAUGGGAGCUGUUACUUUAAUUUUACUUUUUACAUUGUUACUUUUACUAGCUGGAGCUUUGUGACACUAUUUUUUUUUCCCCAGAUAAUUUUUUCGGCACUUUUGUUUAUAUAAGAAUCUGAAUUUACUUUGUACUGAUUAGCAUACUUUUUAUCACAACUUACAAGCUUUCAAAAAGGUCAGAUUUGCUUUUGUCUAAUUUAACCUGCCUUAAAAUUCGACUGUUAUUCUGCAGAUUUUGUACAAUGGUGUAGUUGAAUUAGAUGCGCCUUAAUAAACAAAUAACCAAACUGAA